AUGGUGGCGCCCAAGAUUAUGCAACGUCUACACAAUGCUGCUCUCAAAUACCCCGAAUGGAAAGCGCGCCACGAACCCGAAUGGCGACCCUGGCUUAUUACCAACGUGAUGCUAGCUGAAAUGCCCAUAAUCAACAUGCAUGAUGUGUUAAACAGCCCCGACUUUGAUGUACGCGAGCGUCUUAACGAGAUGAAUAUUACCGAGGAAGCGGCAACGCGAAGUGAAGAGGCGGCCACUGCCGCCGGGAACUAG